AGGGAAAAAAGCCCUCCCCCGGAAAUCCUUUCUGUUUCAGGAGCCUGCUCCCGGAAGUGCUGGUGUUUGUAGCGGGCGUGAUGGCGUCAAGGUUACUCCGCCGAGCUGGAGCUUUGGCCUCCCAGGCCCUGAGGGCCCGGGGUCCAAAUGGAGUCUCCGUGGUGCGCUCUAUGGCGUCUGGAGGUGGUGUUCCUACUGAUGAAGAGCAGGCGACUGGGCUGGAGAGGGAGGUCAUGCUGGCUGCACGCAAGGGACAGGACCCAUACAAUAUACUUGCCCCAAAGGCAACCUCAGGUACCAAGGAAGACCCUAAUUUAGUCCCUUCCAUAACCAACAAGCGGAUAGUGGGCUGCAUCUGUGAAGAAGACAACAGUACUGUCAUCUGGUUCUGGCUGCACAAAGGCGAGGCCCAGCGUUGCCCCAGCUGUGGAACCCAUUACAAGCUGGUGCCACACCAGCUGGCCCACUGAGCAAUUACAGUAACGCACUCAGAAUGUGAUAUGGAAUUUCUUCUUUCCAGUAAAGACUAGUCAUUACAUUGGCUUCUCCUCCCAUA